AUCAAUAAAUAAGUUGAGGGUUUAAAGUGUCAGUGGUUGCCACCUUGAAUGUUUUUUAUGCAAUUUUCCCGUUUCUUAUUCAACACAAUUUGUGGGUUACUAGGUUAUUGUCUUGCAAGACACGUUAUCCUCUGUCCUGAUGGUACAAUAAGAACAUUUGCAUGGAGAAGGGAAACAAAAAGAAGGAAGAAGGACGAUCUCUUCUUAGAUGAUGGAAACAAAAUGUCUCUCCUGGAUUUGCCCAACUUAACCUUGGGCUGCAUCUUAGAGAAGCUCUCUGCAUCUGAGCUAUGUGGUAUGGCUUGUGUCUGCUCCGAGCUAAGGGACAUAUGCGUGAGCGAUCAUUUCUGGAAGAAGCUCAUGGAGAAGAAAUGGGGGAGACUAAUGGGUGCUGCAGCGACUCAAGAGUGGAAAUCUCAUGUCGACGCCAUGUUAAUGGGACGUCCCAGUUGCGGCAGCAAGAGACGUCGUUCAUCAUCAUCUCGAGUAGCUAUUGAUUCAGUGAUGUACUGGUACUCAAAUCUUGAGAGUGGCAAGUUCUGGUUUAGUGCUCAGGUCAAAAAGAACAAUAUCGUGUCUAUUCGACUCGGGAAGUCUUAUUACGAUGCUAAAGUCAGAUACGAUUCAAAGACUGAUACAUUUGAAGCAAGAAGAACCAGCGCGGGACUUGGCCGGCCUGCGGCGGAGGUAAAUGUGACGUGGCAAAUGCUGAGUCCGCCUUUAACCGAUAAAGAGUCACGUGUUUUACACUUGUCCGACUCUUUGCAAGGACUCGGACCAGAUUACUGUUUCGAGAUUCAGUGGAGAAAAACCGAAGAGCUCCCUUAUGAGGAUAUAUUUUCCCGUGUAGGCUGGUGGCUUGGCUUCGUGGGUCACCUGCAAAACUGCCACAGAACAGGAAACUGUUGUUGCCUCUCUCACGAGAAUGUGGUGCUGACAUUCAACCGGCUCCUGUCAGAGUCGCCGCCGCCGGCAUAUAUGGUGGUAAACCGAAAGAAUUACCGUGAGUGUGGGAACGAAGCCAAGGGCUUUUACGGCGGACUAAGGAAUUUGGGUAGUGUAACAGAUUUUCUCAAAAAAAACAAACCAUAGAUUUUGCUCUUCGGUUGCAAAGAUCAUUAGGAACUACUAAUGAAGAAGGCCAUCAUAGGGUCUAACUGGUGACCGUCUCGGGAAUAGUAGGAACAAAAAGGAAAAUAAUUGAUGGGAAUAAAAUUAUGGGAAUGAUGAGGAAUGGUUAUUCCAUAUCAAAUUUAGUGAGAAAUAAAUUUGUUCUUUAAUUCUCUACAAUAAAAGGAAUGAGAAGGAAUGACUAUUCCUAAUGAAUGGUAAAAUUUGUUAGGAACAUUAAGGAAUGCAUUAUUCCUCUUCAUUCCUUGAACAUUAAGGAAUGCAUUAUUCCUCU